AUGCAUCUCAUGUACACCCUCGACGCCAACGGCAACCGCCUGUACACCCUCAAGAAGGUUGCCCACGGCCAGGUCACCAAGUCUGCGCACCCUGCGCGCUUCUCCCCCGACGACAAGUGGUCGCGACAGCGCGUCACCCUCAAGCGGCGAUUCGAGCUCCUCCUGACCCAGCAGAAGGAGGAAUAG